AUGCAAGCUAUGGCUGAUGCUGUAGAAAAUUCUGAAUUUGUUAUUCUUUGUAUGUCAGAUGCUUAUAAACAUAGUAUUUAUUGUCAAGCUGAAGCUGAAUAUGAAUUUCAUUGUAAACGACAUUUAAUACCAAUUAUUGUAUGUCAAGAAUUUACCAAAGCAUGUACAUUACUUUUAAAAGAAAUGACAUUACAAAGAGAACAUCAACUUGAUAAUAGUACAACUGAUAAUCAUAUUAUAUAUGAAGAUCAAUCAAAAUUAAUUGAAUUUAUGGAUAAAUCAAAGUUAUCCUAA